AUGAGAUGUUUCCAGUUCAAGUCCGAUUUUCGUCCUUACGCUGAAAGGCUAUCGAAUGUCCGACACCCUACUUUCCAACAGCAUUCCCCAGGCGCCGAUCAUGGUCACCAUUAUACGUCCCCCGGUUCCCCCGAAACGGCGUAUAGAGGUCGACCAACUACCACAGGCUCACAUCAAGGCUUCCACGAUGACCACGACCUCGAGGUCCAUUCUCGCGACUCCACUACUCAGUCCGGUUCGAGAAUUUAUUCAUACAACGUAUUAAGGUCCGAUCCUACUCGCAAGUCGUUACAGCAUCUUACAUCAAGUGCAACACUGCCUAACCGCGGUGCGAAUGGGUCCAGUACAAACGCCUCGGUCGGCGUUGCUAGCGGAUCGUCCCCCGCAUUUCGAGUUUCAGUUCCCUCGGCUUCUCUACCCUCCCCCGAUGUCUCGCCUUCUCAUUCUAGGAUUUUACCCAAUUCUGGCUCAGGGAUACUGACCAUCGACAUCAAGGAGGAGCGGCGAGCUUACCCUGCUAUAAUUUCGUUCCCCGCUGCAGGGUCGGGGUCCGUCAAGGCCGAUCAUCCCCUACAGGAACCUUCCCCUAAUCCUAGCGACGAGGAAGGAAACGAGGAAGAAAAUAAUGGCAAAAAACACGUCUGUCCAACUUGCUCCAAACGAUUUAAUCGACCGAGUAGUUUGCGAAUCCACGUGAAUACUCAUACAGGCGCUACUCCCCUUUUCCUCACCUGUGCAGCGUUCAGAUGCCCGUGGCCAAGUUGCGGUCGGGAGUUCAAUGUAAAUUCAAACAUGAGAAGACACUACCGUAAUCACACCACUCCUGGGUUCUCUCGCGCUCAGUCUAAUGAUAGUCGUCGAAGGCGCAGGAAUGUCGCCACUCCGCAAACUCAUGUAUUUCCGAGCGCCCAACCAUCCUCCAAUAUUUCCCGGUUACAGGCCGCUGGAUCGUAUAUGCCCUCACCACCAAUCUCCACGUUCUGCAUGAGCGAGGACUCUGACGAGUGUGACUCCGACUCUAUGGAGGCUGAUUCAUACUCAAAGGGUGAAGAAGAAGACGAAUUACUCGGCUACGAGUCUCAGGCCGAUCACAAGGCCGCUUCCUACCCACCACCACAAUCUUUCACUCACAUGAACCGGGUUACAGCCUCAUCAAAUGGAAUAUUUGAUACUCCUCAUCACCCCGUUGGCUCACCCAGACAUCGUCCCUACCCACAAGGGUACCGUCAAUCUUCGACUCCUGGAUCAAUUUGUCACUCUCCAUCUGCUUCGCCAUCGCUUUCGCCGUCACCUCCUCCAUCAAGAGAACAGCUUUACACACCAUCAGCGCCAUAUUUACGUUCUGUCGCUGAUCAAAAGGUCUCCACGGCGCUCAGACCAGCCUUCCAUACUUCUCGGAUAUCAUCUGAGCGCGUAAGCAGAUCCGACCGCAUGUCUGACGCUUGGUAGUAUUUUUGUCUACACUGGCCUUCAUCAUAUUAUUUAUUCGCCAUAUUCCUGACCCACAAUUGUCUAUGUACCAGCUUUCUUGUAGCCAUCUUGUCCCCAUUCAAUAACGUUUCGGUCUUGUGUCAUUUUUUUCUCGUUUGAUAGCCCUUUGCUGGUU